GACGGGAUUCCCCUCUGGACACCGACACAGAAACUGAUAUCAGCUAUUAAACGUUGUACUAUGAUCGGUAAACGUUCCAGUUAAUGACCUGAUACGAUAACAUAUACACACACCGCAGUGUGAAGAAAAUCGUACACUUUGCCUGCAGCUAACAACCAACACAGACAUGGAACGUAUGCAGGUUGUAUUCGGGCACCUGCCCAGGAGUGUCCAGCUGUCCCCAGUGUCCGGAGCCGGACGUUUUGUGGACAGGCCAGACGAUAUCGUCGUGAUCUCGGCACUUAGGACGCCCAUAGGCAAGGCAAACAGAGGGUCAUUCAAGGACACCUAUGCAGAUGACUUGCUGUCUGCUGUUAUUGGUGGUGUAAUGAAGGAGAGUGGGGUCACUCCACAACAGAUUGGAGAUAUCUGUGUAGGCAAUGUAAAUGAUUCAAAAGCAGCUUUCACUGCCAGAGUCGCCCAGUUCUAUAGUGGAAUUCCAGAAACAGUUCCAGUUUAUACAACCAACAGACAGUGUUCUUCGGGACUUCAAGCAUUCAUGAAUGUAGCCGGUUCAAUCAGAAACAACCAAUGUGAUAUGGGCAUCGGUGCUGGGUUUGAGCAAAUGACUAUGAACAAAGGUAAUGAAGCCACUUUCAACCCAAAUUUGUUUGAGGUAGAGAAAGCCAAGAACUGCCUGGUACCUAUGGGCAUUACAUCGGAGAAUGUCGCAGAAAAAUACGGACUUACAAGAGAAGAGCAGGACCAGUUUGCACUGACAUCACAGUUAAGGGCAUUUAAGGCACAAAAAGAGGGGCUAUUCAAAGAUGAGAUUGUUCCCGUUCCCACGACAAUCAAGGACAAGGAUGGCAAUGAAACGAAGAUCACGGUAACAAAAGAUGAUGGUAUUCGUCCCACCACCCUGGAGGGAUUACUCAAGUUAAGACCAGCAUUUAAAAAGGGGGGCACAACAACAGCAGGUAACAGCAGCCAGGUGAGUGACGGAGCUGCAGCUGUCUUACUGGCACGAAGAUCUGAGGCUGUCCGUCUCAACUUACCUAUCCUAGGGGUCCUGAGGGGAUACGCCGUCGGGGGUUGUCCCCCAGAGCUCAUGGGCAUCGGACCGGCUAUCGCAAUCCCGAUGUUAUUAUCGAAGACAGGUAUGACCACGGAGGAAAUUGAAAUAUUUGAGAUAAAUGAAGCCUUUGCCAGCCAAGCUAAAUACUGUGUAGACAAGUUAGGGAUCCCUUCAGAGAAAGUGAAUCCCAAGGGUGGAGCCAUUGCCCUGGGUCACCCCCUCGGUUGUACUGGUGCCAGACAGAUCGCUACUCUUCUACACGAACUCAAGAGGAGAGGGAAAAAGUCGUAUGGUGUGGUUUCAAUGUGUAUGGGUACCGGGAUGGGAGCUGCCGCCAUGUUUGAAUAUCCAGGACCGGCCAAGUGAACUGUCAGCCUGAAAAACUUCAACAAGCAACAAACAGCGUCUGUGAUUAGAACUAAGUCAAUAUUCGGAGAGUGAAAUCAGAGUUCGGCACUCGAUAAACUGAACAAUAACCUUGGUUAUAUUCCGUAACUACAGUGUUGAUUUAUACUUUGUCAUGUAAACAGAAUGUUACAAUAGAGAGAUAUUACUAGCCAGAGGUAGAAAUUAAUUGAGAAAGGGAAUCAGACAUUCUGCCAAGAUAUAUGAAUUGUAGAUUUGGUGUUCAAGUAGGGAACACCAUUGGCUUCAUAAAGGCGUACACACUCGUGUUUUGAUAAACAAGGUACUAGGAUAACGUAAGCAAAGUUUCUAGCAGUGAGACUGAUGGGUGAAGGAAAAUAAUUGAAAUAACUGUGGUGCUAUGAUUAAUUUGGGACCUUUGUGUUCAACGUAUGAUCAACUUAAUGAGGACUUACAUCGAGUAAACAAUAUUUAAAUGUUGGAAUUCAAGCUAAAGCUUCAUAGCUAUACAAGGUGAUCACCUGCAGACAUGAAACACAAUCAUUUGUAAAUCUAUAGGCAUCUUUAGGACACGUUAAGCUUACCAUGGUUUGAUUAACUUGGCCUGGAUGUUUAAGUGGAUUUAUAUGUAUAAUUGAAAUACCUGUGCAACUUGUAUGUGUGUGGAUGAAGGGCAAAGAAUCAACGAGUGUACUGAAAGAUGUGUAUCAGAAAUUGUUAGAUAAUUCAUGUCAUUCCAAUAGACGUACAUUUUUGAUAUUUAAUUAACCUGUAACAAAUGUAUUGAUGAUCAUGUAUGUCUUGCGCUAAAUUAAAUAUGUCAUAAAUGUCA